AUGUUUCGUAUCGGGAGGAGGAGAGUUGCAAGCCUAGCAAAGUCAUCCUUGAGGUAUAAUAGCAACUCUACUUUGAAGCCACCACCACAAACAAAAUUAUUCAAUUAUGCAGCGCUCGGAGUGGGGUCAUUAGGUGUUGGAUACUUUGUGGGAAAAUAUUUCAACAAGUCCGAUGACGCCAAGAAGAAAAAUAGCGCUAUUCAUGAAACAGUUGCUUCUGAUGCUUCUACAGCACCGCUAUCAUCAUUAGACUCUCCGGUUUAUGCCAACGAAAAACAAUUUAAAGAAGGAUUAUCAAAAAUCAUCGACAUUGUCGGCAAGGACCAUGCCCUGUUCGAACCUGAAGUUCUUUCUUCACACAAUGACUCAUUUUACUCAACUCAUCAUCCUCCUCAACCUGAUAAACAAAAGCCCAAUGUUGUCAUAACGCCAACUUCAACCGAACAAGUGUCUCAAAUUAUGAAGAUCGCUCAUGAGUAUAGACUUCCCAUAGUGGCUAGUUCUGGUUUGACUUCACUUGAAGGACAAAAUAUUCACACCAGAGGACCAUUUAGUAUUUCAAUAUCAUUUGCUGAAAUGAAUCAAAUUCUUGCUUUUCAUCCUGAUGAUUUAGAUAUUGUUGUUCAACCUGGUGUUGGAUGGGUUGAUCUUGCUGAUUAUUUAAACGAUGAUCCAAAGGGUAAAGAUUUGUUAUUUGGUCCUGACCCAGGAAUUGGCGCUAAUAUUGGUGGAAUGGUGGGAACGAGUGCUUCAGGAACCAAUGCAUUUCGGUAUGGAACAAUGAAGGAAAAUGUCGUUAAUUUGACGGUAGUUUUGGCCGACGGGACAAUCAUCAAGACUAGACAAAGACCUAGAAAAUCGAGUGCUGGGUAUGAUUUGACUAGAUUCUUCAUUGGUACCGAGGGGACAGCUGGGAUAAUUACGGAGAUUACAUUAAAGUUACAUGUACGUCCUAGAAUUGAACUUAUUACUACUGCUGCAUUCCCUACUAUCAAAGAUGCUGCGGCUGCGGCUCAAACAAUCAUUGGUAAAGGAAUUCAACCGACUGCUAUGGAGUUGUUAAAUGACACUAUGAUGUCAUUUGUUAAUGAAGCAUCUGACGGUGAACAAAGAUUGGAAAAGCCGACAUUAUUUUUCAAAUUAGGAGGUCCUACAUCGAAAGCAGUUGAUGAACAGUCUCAAGUAGUUAAAGAAAUUGCUAAUGCAAACCAUGCAAUUAAGGUUGAGAGAAGUGAAAAUUCAGAACAAAAUGCUGAAUUAUGGGCAGCAAGAAGAAAUGGUCUUUGGUCAACUUUCCAAGCUGGUGCUAGCCGUCUUGCAAAUCCAGAUGAUACACAAAUUUGGACAACCGAUGUCGCCGUUCCUGUAUCCAAUCUUUCUGAAGCUAUUUCCCAAAUCAAUGAUGAUUUGAUUGAAGCUGGGUUUGAUGGUAAAUUUUCAGUAUUGGGCCACAUUGGUGAUGGAAAUUGUCAUUUUCUCAUCAUUUACAAUUCACCCGAUUAUGGAAAAGUCCAUGCAGCUGUUGAUCGUAUGGUAUCACGUGCUUUGCAACUUGAAGGUACAUGCACGGGUGAGCAUGGUGUUGGAGUUGGAAAGAGGAAAUAUCUUUCUGAAGAAUUGAGUGAAUCAACAAUUGAUACAAUGAGAAAAUUGAAAUUGGCAUUGGAUCCAAGACGGAUAUUGAAUCCUGAUAAAGUUUUCAAAAUUGAUCCAAAUGACGAUUUGGAUGAACAGUUGAAUUCUGGUCACGUAAUUGAAAAACAUGAGUGUAUGCACAAUCAUUAA